AUGAACGAUCUGGAGAUGAUGUUCGCACCCCGCCGCGGGCCUUCCACCCCGAAGCGCAGGCGAGUAGCGCAGCCUGCCUACGCCACCCCUAGCAUGGGCUCUGCGGGCAAGAUGAAGGGCAGCCCUAGGUUGUCGACGGCGUCGAGGAAGCAGGGCUCGGUGCCCUCACCAUCUGCCCUUCUCGCAGGCAUCGGCGGCAGCAACCUGUUUCCAGUGUCCGGGACAUCAUCAUCCGUUCCGUCCACCCCGAGGCGGGGGACCUCCUCCGCGCGCGGGGAGCCCGCAACCCCGACCACGAAGCGUAAGCUCUCCCGCACACCGGCGUCCUCGAGCGCAAACAUCAUCCACAGCAACAUGGGCGGCGGCGGCGGUAGCAGCAGCAACAGUGCGCGCAACAUCGAGGGCGACCGCUUUAUCCCCAACCGACCGUCGAUGAACUUCGACCUCUGCAACCACAUGCUGCUCAGCAGCGACAACUCCGAGAACGAGCCGCAACCCGGGUCGGACGCCCCCGCCCCCCUCCGCCGAGAGUUCCAGCAGGCUCUUAGGAACACCCUCCUCAGCCCCAUGUCCGGAGGACCUUGCAAGGGCGACCGCGGUAGGAGCGGGAGCAGCGUGGGGGGGUCCCCGCGAGUACUUUCGUUCACGGAGCGCCCGCCGCUGCCGCAAGACCGGUACACGAACGUCCUCAAGGUGCUGCACACCAUGAGCAACACGUCCAUCGCCCGCGCGUCCGUGGGCAGGAGCAUCCCCUCCGCACCGCUGCGCAUCCUCGACGCGCCCGACCUCGUGGACGACUAUUACCUCAACCUCAUCUCUUGGGGACACAACAACGUGCUAGCCGUUGCUCUUGGGCAGGCUGUCUACCUCUGGAACGCGGCCACGGGAUCGAUCGAGCACCUCCUCACACUCCCCAACCCGCACGACUUCGUCACGAGCGUGGCGUGGAUGGGCAGAGACGGCGGAGACUUUCUGGGCGUGGGCACCAACCACAGCGCCGUCCAGCUGUGGGACGCGUCAAAGCUCAGACAGGUUCGGACUAUGUCGGGUCACUCGGCCCGCGUGGGCACCCUCGCCUGGAAGCGGCACGUCCUCAGCUCGGGCUCCAGGGAUAGCAGCAUCAUCCAGCAUGACGUCAGGAUGCCCAACCACAAGAUGGCUACCUUCACGGGACAUGAGCAGGAGGUGUGCGGACUGAAGUGGUCGCCGGACGGCAACACUCUCGCAUCGGGGGGCAACGAGAACUUCCUCUGCCUGUGGGACGCCAGCAUGAGCGGGAGGGGGGGAGCAGGAGGUGGCGGCGGUGGCGGCAGCAGCGGCGGCCGCUCGUCCCCUGUCCACAGGCCUCGAAGGACCCUAGUGCAGCACCAGGCGGCGGUGAAGGCGUUGGCGUGGUGCCCGUCCCAGAGGCACUUGUUGGCAUCGGGCGGGGGCACCGCUGACCGGACCAUCAAGUUCUGGAACACUGCGAACGGUGCGAUGCUCAACUCCGUCGACACCGGAAGCCAGGUGUGUUCCCUUCAGUGGUCUCGGCACAACAAGGAGCUCGUGUCUUCCCACGGCUUCAGCGAGAACCAGCUGUGCCUCUGGAAGUACCCGAACAUGCUCAAGAUCAAGGAGUUCAGGGGCCACACGUCGAGGGUGUUGCACAUGGACACCUCCCCGGACGGCUCGACGGUCGUGUCCGCGGCUGCCGACGAGACCCUGAGGUUUUGGGACAUGUUCGGGUCCCCGCCUAACGCCAAGGUGGGGGUGUCGAAGCGAGAGAGGAUUCAGUCCUUAAGAGGAUGCAUCUAUCUCUCUGCCGUCACGGACCACGCCCCCGCCCGAAGUUUCCGCAGGAGGCGACGGUGCAAAGGUAAGUGUGCUCAAGACAGCAACCGCCCGACCCGCCCGCCCGCCCGACCCACGGAACGCCGCGAACUCGCUUUGGGGGAGUUAUCCGAUUUGAUGAAAACCAUGAACUGA